UCUGAACAGCAAUCGUAGUCCUGCGGGAGAUUGUGAGUUGCGAUCUCAGACUCCGUAGCGGUAUUCUAGUGGUGAUGGUCGAAGACAUGGUCGGUCGCAGCUGAUGGCAGUGACGGGACACGGCGGGGUUGCUUGCUUUUCAACGUCAGGGAGCGAACGUGGUGGAAACAAUCAACCCGUAAACCGAGGUCUCUAUCUACCCUUUGCCCGGCACAUUUGCAAUCACAGGUGUCCUACCGAGCAUCGGCGGUGGGUAGCUAAUAACGCGCGAAUAUAGCACGUGUCCCAAUCGACGCGCUGGGCGCAUGUCUGAGGGUGUCGCACAGCUGAAGCAUGAGGGCUCCCAGCGACAGGUUGUCGUCGCAGGUGCGGUGGCAGGUCUGGUGUCGCGCUUCGUGAUAGCUCCCCUCGACGUCAUAAAGAUCCGCCUGCAACUCCAAAUCCACUCGCUCUCCGACCCGUUCAGCGUGCGCAAUGUCCAGGGACCCGUCUACAAAGGCACAUUGGGCACCCUCAAACAGAUUCUUCGCGAAGAAGGUGUCACGGGGCUAUGGAAGGGCAACAUACCUGCGGAGCUUAUGUACUUGACGUACGGUAGCGCCCAGUUCUCUGCCUAUACAUACAUAUCGCAUUGGCUAGAGACCAUUCCGCCGCCAUAUACGCUUCCCAGCUCAGUCGCCAACUUUCUCAGCGGGGCUAGUGCGGGUGCUGCUGCUACGACCGCGACGUACCCGCUCGAUCUUCUGCGCACGCGCUUCGCCGCCCAAGGCAAAGAUCGCGUCUAUACCUCCAUCAUCGAGUCUGUGAAGCACAUCGCGCAGCAUGAAGGGCCCAGAGGCUUCUUCCGCGGCCUCGGCGCAGGCGUGAGCCAGAUUGUGCCCUACAUGGGCCUCUUCUUCGCUAGCUACGAAAGCUUGAAGCCCAUAACCGCUUCUUCUCCCAUGCCACUGCCACUCGGAAGCUCUGAUGCCGUCGCCGGUGUCAUCGCGAGCGUUCUCUCGAAGACCGCCGUCUACCCGCUUGAUACAACACGCAAGCGCCUGCAAGUCCAAGGCCCGAUGCGUGAGCGGUACGUUCAUCGGAACAUACCAACGUAUACCGGUGUCAUCAGCACCAUCGCGCAUAUAUGGAAGCAUGAAGGCAGACGAGGCAUGUACCGCGGGUUGACGGUCAGUCUAUUGAAAGCUGCGCCAGCCAGCGCGGUUACGAUGUGGACGUACGAGCGGGCCAUGGGCCUCAUGCUCGCUUUUGACGAAAAGCACAAAGACGACUGAACUUUGGAUUUUUAGUAUGCAUAGGUCGGCGUUGAGAUACCAAAUACUCCUUCAUAGACUUCAUUUGUCAAAUCAAGCUACAUUACAACUCAA